AUGCCGUUGACGAGAUACCAGAUAAGGAACGAGUACAGUUUAGCCGAUCCAGAGUUGUAUAAAGCAGCUGAUAAAGAUGAUCCAGAAGCGCUUUUGGAAGGUGUCGCCAUGGCUGGCCUCGUCGGCGUCUUGCGCCAGCUCGGUGACCUUGCCGAGUUUGCUGCUGAGAUUUUUCAUGAUUUGCACGAAGAAGUAAUGACGACUGCAGCAAGAGGCCAUGGGCUAAUGGCUCGUGUUCAACAGCUCGAGGCAGAAUUUCCUUCAAUUGAGAAGGCGCUUCUCUCCCAAACUAAUCAUUCACCAUUCUUUUCCAGCUCAGGUGUUGACUGGCAUCCAAAUUUGCAAAUGGAGCAGAAUCUAAUUACUUGUGGAGACUUACCUCGCUUUGUAAUGGACUCUUAUGAAGAAUGCCGUGGCCCACCACAGCUAUUCCUUUUGGAUAAGUAUGAUUAUGAGUUUGAUGUUGCGGGGGCUGGGGCAUGUUUGAAGCGAUAUUCUGAUCCGUCAUUCUUUAAAGUUGAAACAGGAUCAUCUGGAAUAGCUACAGUAGAAGUUCAGAGGGAGAAGAAAAUUCGAAAAAAGAAGAAAGGAUCACGUUAUAGAAAUGGAGAAACUCCUGAAGUUCUACCAACAACACAUGCCAAAUUACAUGAGUUGUUUUUGGAGGAGCGUUCUGAGAAUGCCCAUUCUGACCCGGCACGGCUAGUUAAAUUGAAGAGAAGGCAGUUCAAUGGAUCUCCCUUUGAUCCGAAGCCUGGAAAAAGUUACAUGCAGAAAUUUGUGCUUACUCCUUCACCAGAGCGUAAACAAGUUUGUGAAGAUUCUGUCACUCGAUCACCUUUGAAAUUGAUGUUGGAUAAUUCUAGUGAAUCAGGAUAUGAAAUACAUGAGGUCAGUGUGGUAAGUCCUGUGAAGAAGUCAUCACAUGGAGGGGAAAGCACAUCUUCAUCACCCAGGGAACGGGAGGCCAUGCUUAAACCUUUUAUGGAGGAGUUGAAUGGGGAGGCUGUUGAUAGUGGAAUAAUUAAGGUACCUGACCCAAUUGUUGAUCGUGAGAUGGAUGAAUAUCCCUUUACUGUCCAUAAAAUGGCGAUUGAAGAGGAAUUAUCAAUUGAAGCAGAUGGAAAAACAGAGGGCACUGUAGACAGGGAUCAUUCUGAUGACAUGACAAGUGAGGUGGACAACUACAUGGAUGCUCUUGCUACCAUGGAUUCUGAAAUGGAAAAUGAGUAUAAACCUAAGAGUGAUCAGGACUUCAUGGAUGUGAGGACAGAAGGUGCAGAUUCUGAUGCAAACGAGGAACAGCUGGAUAUUCAAGCAAAUUUCUCAGAUUCUCAAUCCAUUGGAAACUCUUCUUUGUCAGAGGCAUCUGAUGGUGAAGGAGCAGGUAAAUGGUUCCCUUCUGUCUCUUCUACCGAAAACUAUGCAACAGACAUUGCUGAUUUGCCAUCAGAUAAUCCAUCUGUAAGUGCCGAGACUGGCCUAACUGAAUCCCAUAACCUUGCAACAUUCAAUGAUACCGAGGAAGACAACAUCCCUGAUCCUGGCGAAGUGUCUUGUAGUUCAUGUCUUACAGAUUUGAAUCCUGUCUUCUUGCAUGCAGUUCCUGUUGCAGGUUCUAUGGUAAGCCCCUUGGCAGGAUCUGAAUUAGAUGAGGCAUCCUCUGGCAAUACUAAACUUGGCUCUGAAUCACCAAACUCCGAUAGAAAUGGGUUAAACCCAGCUGAUUCUUUGGCAACUUUAUCUGAUAUGCCUUUGCAGAUGGGGCAUGAUACUUCACUUACAGAUUCUUCUAAAAGUCAUUCCGUGGAUGAGUUGGAUCAUGAGGAUCCAGACAUGUUAACUGAUGCUGUUGUGCAUGUGUCAAGCAUGUCAGAUCUGGUUUCUGAAAAGAGAGGCAGUGAUGAUUCUGUGAAAGGAGUGCUUCAAACAGAUUAUGCAGCUGAACAUUCAACUAUGACAGCAGGAAAGGAGCAAUUUCCUCGCUCAGCUUUGCCUGUAGUCAAGUUGGAUAUGGAUGUCCCAUCUCUGCCUGAUAAUUCGGAUGUUGUAAAGCCUGACGGUUUAGUUUCUGAAGUUGAUGAUGCAAUUGCAAGAAGGGAAGUUAGAGUAGAAAAUUUAACACCAGUGGUGGAUACUUCAGAGGCUGAUUGCAUUAACAAGCAUCAAUUCUCUGAUAUAAGACUAGAUGCUUCUCAAGCGGAACUUGACUCAACAAAACUAGGAGUUCCAUGUUCUGAAGAGAAUAUGAAACUUGAAGAAAUUUCCGAGGAAAAGAAUACAUUCAUGAAGAAGGUGGAAAUUGUAAGAGGAGAUGCUGCUUCUUUCGAACAUCAAUCAUUUAAUUUAGAUAAACCAACACUUGAAGAUCAUGUAAAUUCGGAUGAUGCUGUAACUGAAACUGUUCAAGCAGAAGAUAUGGCUGUAUCAACUGCUGCUACAAGCGGUACGAACAAUGAAAAUGUCAGCAGUGUGAUUUGUCCCUCUUCAGAGUUAGUUUGUUGCCCGCCUAGGAAUGCUACAGAGAUGCUAGAAUCUCUUUCCAUCUCCGAGGAUCCACAUCAGACAAGGUUGGACCUUGAUGAGGUAAUUUCUGCCGAAUGUCUAUCAGAAUCACAGGUGCAGAUGGAGGUUACUGCAACAGAUUGGGAUUCUAACCCAUACAAACCAGUUUCUGAAGACCAUCCAAUUCAAGAGGUAACUGAAGUUCAUAAUACAUCUUCGAAACUGAGCAACCAGGAAGCAGAAUCAGAAUAUAACCAUCAGAGUCAUCAUGGGGAGGCUAGCAACAAUACUGUUUGUUUGCCUACCUGUUAUCUGCCAGAGUCAGGGAAUGCUUUAGAGUACUCAAUUGAGGUGCAAGCUGAUCAAAUUAGUGCAGAUUCCAUGUUUGCAGGUGACGCAAGUUCUUCGUUGAAUGGUCAAACUUCAUCUGCUGGCUAUCUUGUUGGGCCUGGAAUUUCUCUGGAGCGCACAUUGGAAUUGCAAUCUGAUCAGCUAGACAGGGGAUGCUUGAAAUUAGGUGAAGCAAGUUCUAAAUCAACAGAUAUUCAGUCUGAACACAUACAGAAUCUGCAUCACAUAACUGAGAAAACAUGCGUUGACAGUUCCUUUUCGAAAGAUCUUUCCAGUCAAGAACUUCUACUGCAAUCAGCCUAUCAGGAACAUAAUGCUACUGAUCUGCCAACAAAUCCAUUUGAUUCUGCUUUUCCUAGCUUUGGUGUACUCCCCGUCCCUGAGGCAAGUCAGGUCAAUCCAGAGGCAAUGCCACCAUUGCCACCUCUACCUCCCAUGCAAUGGAGAUUAGGGAAAAUUCAACCUGCUCCACUAGAUGGAGACAGAGACAUGAUUGAUCAUAUUGAAGGCACUUUCCAACCUAUCCAGCCAUUUAUGGUUGAUCAAAAGGUCCAUUUUGAUUUUCCAUCAUUAGAUAGAGAGAUUGCACAUCCUUCAAACCCAUUUUUGUCUUUCCCUGUUGAAGACAGUCAGACGUCUCAACACUUCACUGCAGGUUCAAUGGGAAAUUCCUUGUUGCCAACUCCGCUGUUGUCGGAAAUGCCAGCCAUUGACAAUGAUGCAGACUGUCGACAAGAUCACCUCCCACCAGACAGAAAACAAUCUGUGAACUCACCUUUGGCUUUACCAGAAAUGACUGAUGAGAGGCAUGAGCAUGGUUUCCUUCCAUUAGGAGGAGAAUCUGCACAAUCUAGUUCCAAUCCAUUCUCAUUAGAGCCAAGCAUAGAACAUGCAGCUGCUGUAAAUGUUCCCAUGCCCACAUCAGACCUGCCAAUCCAUCCAUUUAACCAAUCAUCACCCGAAACAGGAUUAGAGGUGAAGUUUCCUGGACAGAGUUCACAAAAUUCAAAAGAGGAACAAGGGAAUUCUUCUGGGAAAUCUGCAGCACCACUAACUGCUGAAGAAGUGCCGCAUCACCAUGAUUUUGUAACUUCACAGGGACUGACGAUGCAGCCGCCAACUACAUUAGCUAUGACACCGCCAACUUAUGAAGUUGGAAAACCAAAUGGAAACAAGAUCCCUCGCCCUCGAAAUCCUCUCAUUGAUGCUGUUGCUGCACAUGAUAAAAGCAAAUUGAGAAAGGUGGCUGAACGAGUUCAACCUCAGGUUGGACCAAAGGUAGAAGAAAGAGAUUCACUGCUGGAACAGAUACGAACUAAGUCCUUUAACUUAAAGCCUGCAGCCACGGCCGUGACAAGGCCUAGCAUUCAGGGUAUUCAGGGUCCAAAAACCAACUUGAAGGUUGCUGCCAUCUUAGAGAAAGCAAGUGCAAUUCGGCAGGCAUUGACUGGAAGUGACGAAGAUGACGAUUCAGACAGCUGGAGUGAUUCCUAA